GAGACACGGUGAAAGUCUGACAGCUGGAAAAUGGAGGAAAAAUGAGCAAGAUGAAUGGAAAGAAGUGAAGUGUGUUACAGGGGAGAUCGUUAAGCACAUCAAAAUAGAAACAUGUCAGUGAAUACUAAAAAGAACCUGUGACAUUUCAGACAUUAGACACUCCAUUUGGCCAGCAUGUUGCUCUCUCUCAGUCUCAAAGAAAGGGAGAAGAAGAUAAGAUAAAAGAUGUGCAUGUGCUUUUAAAAUAGAAGACUUCCACACCAACAGGACCUGUAGAAACUAUAUCAACAAGAUAGGAAAGAGAAAAAAAGAGUGAGGGCGAUAGAGCGAUACAGAGAGAGAGCGAGCGAGAGAGCCGAAAAGUGGUUGUGGCCAUAAGGUUACAAAUUCGAGAGGGAGAAAGAGAGAGCUCCACUCGACACUGGAAAUUGAAAGAGAAAGACAGAGGGGUUUUUGAAAUGUAUGCCUCGAGCAAAGGACCAAACCAACUCGACCGGGAACUCCACUGAACGGCCACGUGGGACGACAACUUCAGCAGGACUACAACUUAAGCUUGAGACUGAUAUCAGGAAGAGUGACAGCUUCAAAAACCACCACAGACACAGCCUGUCUGUUACGGUUUGAACAAAAUAUAUUGGAAACCCAGCAAAGCCUGUAAGUGAUUCACAACUGAACCUGUGUGGUCCUUUGAAACCCUCUGCGCCUACGAUAUAGCAGCCCAUCAGAAAGCACCAGCCUUUAGAAACUCUUCAACGGGACACUUUAAAAAAAAAAAAGUCUUGUGUUUUAUGUUUGAGAAACAACGCUUAAAGUUGACAUUUCAGUUACUCUGUUACUGUGAGACUGUUUACCUUUAGUAGAGUCAUAAAUUCAGCCAAAUUUACAAGCAGAAGUGAUGACCAAGAUAAAUUUGGUACACUUUCACUGCAGUAUGAGAUCACCUUUGUGAAGGAAGUUCAUAGUAUCAGUCAUGAGGAAGAGUAAUAACAUCCUUUUCGCCAGCGUUUAGUUUCCUGGAGGUUUUUCAGGAAUUACGUGCUCCUGAAGUAAAGCAAACUGAUGCUGUUGCAUGAGAGGACAUUUCAGGGAAAACUGGAGGAGGAGUAAAUAUUGACAUUCACAGCUAGUAAAGUCUCGUAUACCACUUCUGUUACACCUUCCUCUUGAGACUUAACUGCAAGGAUGUUCAAAUUGCUCUUCUGCAUCUGAAACCCUCAUAAUAAAGAACUACUGGGAAACCUGUAUGUGUACAACCUGAUAUUUACACAGCGCCAUCAGUAGAUCUGUGGUCCUAAAGAAGAAAAAGGAAGCGGAGCAUCGCGUUUGGCAUCUAUUGGCCAGAUAAGUAAUUACUGGCACUGCUUUUUAAUAUCAGUUCUGAGCAAUUUUUACGUUGUGGAGACAGAAAGAGGUAAUAUCAUCAUCGGACUGUGAGAACACUGAGAGAUCAUGCUGAGGGGCCUGUUUGAGAGGAAACCUAAACAUGAGAGGCUGCAGGAGGAACCCGAAGUCAGAUUUAGAGGAUUGCUGGUGACAGAGAGAGACCUGGGAUAUCGAUACAUCCCACCUGGAGGCUCCGACUACUCUCCCCCUCCUCCUCUUCCUCGACCUCCUCCACCUGGCCUGACCAAUGAGCACAGUGGUGGCACUAGCCAUGGCGACCAUGGUGGAGGAGGGGGCGGGGUCAACCAUGGAGUGGGCGUGGUUGGUCUGGCUCCAGAGCACAUCCCCACACCGGGGGCAGCCCUGAGCUGGCAGGCGGCGAUCGAUGCCGCGCGGCAGGCGAAGAUGAUGGGUAAUGCCGCAUCGGGUGGAGGGGCGGGGCUUGGGUCCGGAGGGCGAGGGCCCAUCUCCACGGCCAGCUCCACGCAACGGAAGAGACAGCACUAUACCGCCAAACCCAAGAAACAAACCACAACGACAGCCACAAGGCCGCCACGAGCUCUACUCUGCCUCACACUCAAGAAUCCUAUCCGCAGGGCCUGCAUCAGCAUCGUAGAGUGGAAACCAUUUGAGAUCAUCAUCCUGAUGACAAUUUUUGCCAACUGUGUGGCCUUAGCUGUCUACAUCCCCUUUCCUGAGGAUGACUCGAACGCCACCAACUCCAACUUGGAGCGUGUGGAGUAUCUGUUCCUCAUCAUUUUCACGGUGGAGGCGUUCCUGAAGGUAAUAGCCUACGGCCUGCUCUUCCACCCCAACGCCUACCUGAGGAAUGGCUGGAAUCUGCUAGACUUCAUCAUUGUAGUUGUAGGGUUAUUCAGUGCAAUCUUGGAGCAGGCCACAAAAGGGGAUGGGGCUACUCCUAUUGGAGGGAAAGCGGCGGGCUUUGAUGUCAAGGCUCUGAGGGCAUUCAGAGUACUCAGACCCCUCAGACUGGUCUCUGGAGUACCGAGUUUACAGGUAGUGUUGAACUCCAUAAUCAAAGCCAUGGUUCCUCUGCUCCAUAUCGCCCUGCUGGUCCUCUUCGUCAUCAUCAUCUAUGCCAUCAUCGGUCUGGAGCUCUUCAUGGGCAAGAUGCACAAGACCUGCGUUCAUAACCUAACAGGCACUAUUGCAGAGGAAAAGCCAGCACCAUGUGCACCUGAUGGAGCUUAUGGUCGACAUUGCAAGCAGAAUGGAACACAGUGCAGAGUUGGGUGGGAGGGCCCAAACGACGGCAUCACAAACUUCGACAACUUUGCCUUUGCCAUGUUAACGGUGUUCCAGUGUAUAACCAUGGAAGGCUGGACGGAUGUGCUGUACUGGAUGCAGGAUGCCAUGGGCUAUGAGCUGCCAUGGGUCUAUUUUGUCUCUCUUGUCAUCUUCGGCUCUUUUUUCGUUCUCAAUCUCGUUCUGGGAGUGUUGAGCGGAGAGUUUUCCAAGGAGAGAGAGAAGGCCAAGGCGCGCGGUGACUUCCAGAAACUCAGAGAAAAACAGCAACUGGAGGAAGACCUCAAGGGCUAUUUAGACUGGAUCACUCAAGCCGAAGACAUUGACCCAGAGAAUGAAGAGGAGGGUAUGGACGAUGAGAAACCCAGAAAUCUGAGCAUGCCAGCCAGCGAGAAUGAAUCCGUCAACACAGACAACGCCCCCGGGGGAGACGUAGAGGGUGAGACCUGCUGUACCCGGCUGGCAAUUAGGAUCUCCAAAUCCAAGUUCAGCCGCUACUCUCGGAGGUGGAACAGGCUGUGUCGAAGGAAAUGCCGGGCAGCAGUCAAAUCACAAGUUUUCUAUUGGCUGGUCAUUUUCCUGGUUUUCCUCAACACUCUGACCAUUGCCUCUGAACAUCACCAGCAGCCUCAGUGGCUAACUGAUGUACAAGACAUAGCCAAUAAGGUUUUGCUAGCACUCUUUACUGGUGAGAUGCUGUUGAAGAUGUACAGUCUGGGCCUGCAGGCCUACUUUGUUUCACUCUUCAAUCGGUUCGACAGCUUCGUAGUAUGUGGAGGGAUCCUUGAAACCAUUCUGGUGGAAACAAAAAUCAUGUCUCCUCUUGGCAUCUCUGUGUUACGUUGUGUACGCUUACUCCGAAUCUUCAAAAUAACCAGAUAUUGGAACUCUUUGUCCAACCUGGUGGCAUCCCUGCUGAACUCUGUCCGCUCCAUCGCUUCCCUGCUGCUCCUGCUGUUCCUCUUCAUCAUCAUCUUCUCCCUGCUGGGCAUGCAGCUGUUUGGGGGAAAAUUCAACUUUGACGAGACCAGACGAAGCACGUUUGACAACUUCCCCCAGUCUCUGCUCACUGUGUUUCAGAUCCUGACCGGAGAGGACUGGAACUCUGUGAUGUAUGAUGGUAUCAUGGCGUACGGUGGUCCAGCUUUUCCUGGCAUGCUAGUUUGCAUCUACUUCAUCAUCCUCUUCAUCUGCGGAAACUAUAUCCUGCUGAAUGUCUUCUUGGCCAUUGCUGUAGACAAUCUGGCAGACGCCGAGAGCCUGACAUCAGCCCAGAAAGAGGAAGAGGAGGAGAAGGAGAGGAAAAAACUGGCCAGGCUUGGCAGUCCAGAGAAGCGUCAUGAAAAUGAGAAGCCGCCUCUGGAGGAAGAGAAGAAGGAGAAAAUAGAGCUGAAGUCCAUUACUUCUGAUGGGGAGACCAACACUGCUACAAAGAUUAACAUGGAUGACUGCUGUGGGGAUGAGAGCGAAGAGAAGAAUCCAUAUCCCGCCAAUGAUUAUAUAGGAGAUGAAGACGAUGAUGAGCCAGAGAUGCCUGUGGGCCCGAGGCCACGGCCCCUCUCUGACAUUCAGCUGAAGGAGAAGGCUGUCCCCAUGCCUGAGGCCCGAGCUUUCUUUAUCUUCAGCCACACCAACAAGUUCAGGGUUCUCUGCCAUAAGGUCGUCAACCACAACAUCUUCACCAACCUCAUCCUCUUCUUCAUCCUGCUCAGCAGCAUCAGUCUAGCGGCAGAAGACCCUGUCAAAAAUGACUCCUUCAGAAAUAAGAUCCUGGGCUAUGCAGAUCAUGUGUUUACUGGACUCUUCACCAUCGAGAUCAUUCUUAAGAUGACAGCCUAUGGCGCCUUCCUCCACAAAGGUUCUUUCUGUAGAAACUAUUUUAACAUCCUGGACUUGGUGGUGGUCAGCGUGUCCCUCAUCUCCUCUGGAAUACAGUCCAGCGCAAUUAAUGUUGUAAAAAUCCUGAGAGUUCUGCGCGUGCUUAGACCACUGAGGGCCAUCAACAGAGCCAAAGGACUAAAGCAUGUAGUGCAGUGCGUGUUUGUGGCCAUCAGGACUAUUGGCAACAUCGUCAUCGUCACCACGUUACUCCAGUUCAUGUUCGCCUGUAUUGGAGUGCAACUCUUUAAGGGCAAGUUCUUCUACUGUACCGACAACUCUAAGCAGACUCAGGCAGAGUGCAGAGGUUCUUUCAUCACAUAUAAAGACGGGGAUGUGGGGAAGCCUGACAAAGCCCCAAGAGUGUGGGAGAACAGUGACUUUAACUUUGAUGAUGUUCUACAAGGCAUGAUGGCACUGUUUGCCGUGUCUACCUUCGAGGGAUGGCCAGGGUUACUGUACCGAGCCAUUGACUCUCAUGCUGAGGAUGUGGGGCCCAUUUACAACUACCGCGUGGUCAUUUCCAUCUUCUUUAUCAUCUACAUCAUCAUCAUUGCCUUCUUCAUGAUGAACAUUUUCGUCGGUUUCGUCAUCGUCACAUUCCAGGAACAAGGGGAGCAAGAAUAUAAGAACUGCGAGCUGGACAAAAACCAGCGUCAGUGCGUGGAGUACGCUCUAAAGGCUCGUCCGCUGCGUCGCUACAUCCCCAAGAACCCUUACCAGUACAAGGUGUGGUAUGUGGUCAACUCCACCUACUUUGAGUAUUUGAUGUUCACACUCAUCCUUCUCAACACCAUCUGUCUGGCCAUGCAGCAUCAUGGACAGACCAAAAAUUUCAAUGAUGCCAUGAACAUCCUCAACAUGCUCUUCACGGGACUUUUCACUGUUGAGAUGAUCCUUAAACUGAUCGCCUUCAAACCCAGGGGGUACUUUAGUGAUCCCUGGAAUGUGUUUGAUUUCCUCAUCGUAAUUGGCAGCAUAAUAGACGUCAUUCUCAGUGAAAUCAACCCGGCUGACUCCUCCUCGUCCUCGUCCUCUUCGUCCUCCUCUUCCUCCUCUUCCUCCUCUCACCCCCCUGUGGUAAGGCCAAUGGUACGCUCCGACGGUAACCUCGCCCGCCGCCCUACCUCCUCCACCAUCCCUUCAUCCCUCCAUCAUUCCAUCCCUCCCUCUGCUAUGCCAUCCACGGGACUGCAGAACUCUGAAGAGAACGCCAGGAUCUCCAUCACCUUCUUCCGGCUGUUCCGCGUGAUGAGGCUGGUGAAGCUGCUGUCUCGCGGGGAAGGGAUUCGGACCCUGCUGUGGACCUUCAUCAAAUCCUUCCAAGCUCUGCCCUACGUAGCUCUGCUUAUAGUGAUGCUGUUCUUCAUAUACGCCGUCAUUGGCAUGCAGAUGUUUGGUAAGAUAGCUCUGCGGGACCACAUGCAAAUCAACAGGAACAACAAUUUCCAGACAUUCCCUCAGGCGGUGCUGCUGCUCUUCAGAUGUGCAACAGGUGAGGCGUGGCAGGAGAUCAUGCUGGCGUGUUCACCCAAACAGCCGUGUGAGAAAGGAUCAACCAAUGAAAGCAGCUCGUCCAACGAGGACUGUGGCAGCCAGUUUGCCAUCAUUUAUUUUGUCAGCUUCUACAUGCUCUGUGCCUUCCUGAUCAUCAACUUGUUUGUGGCCGUCAUCAUGGACAACUUUGACUACCUGACGCGUGACUGGUCGAUCCUGGGGCCACAUCAUCUUGACGAGUUCAAGAGGAUCUGGGCUGAAUAUGACCCAGAAGCUAAGGGGAGAAUAAAACAUCUUGAUGUGGUGACUCUGCUCAGAAGAAUCCAGCCUCCCCUCGGGUUUGGAAAGCUCUGUCCACACAGGGUGGCUUGCAAGCGUCUGGUGUCGAUGAACAUGCCUCUGAACAGCGACGGAACAGUGAUGUUCAACGCCACACUGUUUGCCCUGGUCAGAACCGCACUCAGGAUAAAGACAGAAGGGAACUUGGAGCAGGCCAAUGAGGAACUGAGGGCAAUAGUGAAGAAGAUAUGGAAGAGAACCAGUAUGAAGCUCUUGGAUCAAGUAGUGCCCCCUGCUGGUGAUGACGAGGUAACAGUCGGGAAAUUCUACGCCACCUUCCUCAUCCAGGAAUAUUUCCGCAAGUUUAAGAAAAGGAAAGAACAAGGGCUGGUGGCCAAGGUGCCCCCCAAAACCGCACUCUCUCUGCAGGCGGGCCUGCGGACAUUGCACGACAUCGGUCCGGAGAUUAGGAGAGCCAUCUCCGGAGACCUAAAUGUGGAGGAGGAGCUGGAUAAAGGUGUAAAGGAGCCUGUGUCAGCGGCGUCUGAGGACGAUAUCUUCAGGCGCACAGGAGGGUUGUUUGGCAACCAUGUCAACUACUACAACCAGAGCGAUGGCCGUGGGUCCUUCCCGCAGUCUUUCACUACCCAGCGUCCCUUGCACAUCAGCCAAAAAGGGUCACCUUGUGAAGGCGAGAGCCCGUCUCAUGAGAAGCUCAUGGAUUCAACUACUUUCACCCCUUCCUCUUACUCCUCAUCAGACUCUAACGCCAACAUCAACAAUGCCAACAACACUGGCAUGGCCGGGGUGGCAACCCAGGGCAUCAGUCGAUUCCCGAGCCCAUCUAUAAGCACUGUGGAUGGGCACACGGGGCAGCCACUCACCCCCAUUCUGCUGCCAAGAUCUGCAUGGUGCUUUCCUCCAAAGAGGACGUGUUUUUAUGACAGCCUCAUGCGCUCAGACUCGUGUGACAGUCAUCUGCCAAUCAUCCGAAGAGGGGAGGGGUCAACAGAGGAGACAUACGACGAGAGCUAUGUUGAAGACAGGGUGUACCAUGAGGAUGACCACUCGCUCUCGUCUGACAUGCUGGUGUAUCACGAUGAGACUUGUAAGCAGUUGACUCCCAUGGAGGAAGCGGAGGAAGUCGACGACAGAAGAGGAGGAGGAGGGUGGCAGUCUCCCAGGAGGGUCUUCCUCUGUCCCACUUCUCUGGGGCGGAGAUCGUCCUUCCAUCUGGAGUGUCUCCGGAGACAGUCGAGGCCAGACGUCUCUCAGAAGACGGCUGUACCUUUACAUCUUGUACAUCAUCAGGCUCUGGCUGUAGCAGGGUUGAGUCCUCUGUUAAGACGGAGCCACUCACCGACCCUCUUCAGUCGGCUGUGCUCCACACCUCCAGCAAGUCCCACAGCUCAAUGCAGUGAUGCCUCCUACCAGCGAGUUCCCUCUCUGAGGCUAGAGGGCUCCAACUCCCAUGAAAAGCUCAAUACCAGCUUGCCCUCUGUCAAUUGUGGCCCAUGGUACAAUGACAGUAAUGGGAAUAGCCCGGUGCCCAGUCCUAGCCCCACCCCUAGCAUGCCAGCGUCCAGUCAAAGGGCACCGAGGCCGGUGUCGCUCACUGUGCCGUCGCUGUUGGGGAAAGACUCCAGCUCGCUGUGUCACGGCAGCGCAGGCAGUCUAGUGGAGGCAGUCCUAAUAUCAGAGGGCUUGGGUCAUUUUGCUCAGGACCCCUCGUUCAUUGAGGCGACCAAAGCGGAGCUGGCUGAUGCCUGCGACAUGACCAUCGAGGAGAUGGAGCACGCCGCCAACAACAUUCUCAACGGCACCUCGCCCACAAACGCCACAUCCAGCACCUCCUCCACCUCUCAGCACAGCCCUAACGGCAACGUCCUCCCCUUCCACACAACAGCAGCAGCAGCAUCAACGCACAGGGACCGAGUGGUCGGCUUGAGUCCUAGUGAAGGUGGGGGAGAAGCUACAGGAAGCAGAGGCUCCAUACACGGUCCCUCCUCUAUAGAGGAGCGGCAGGAGCUGCUAGCCAGAGAGAGAGAACCAGAAGAGGAGGAGGAAGAAGAGGAGGCAGGAGGGAGGGAAGAGGGGCACUAUAGAGGCUCGCUUGUGAUCGGAGGAGCACGACAGAGGAACAGCGGGCUGUUGGAGGACGAGGAUAUGGAGUGUGUGACAAGCUUAUAGGAGUCAAGUUAAUGGGUUCGAUCGACGAACUGGCCCCUCUGACAUCAUCAGAGACUGAUGCUUGUCAGGUGCUGCUUACAGCACCGCGGCUGGCUCUGUCUGUCCCCACCCUUCACAUACACACACACACAUACAAACACACUCUGUCGCUCUGGAGAGUGGCGGCCAGUGAUGCAACCUUAAACACUUGGUUAUGACUCUGUUAGUCUAUGAGUUAGUAUAUGGAUGGAUGUUUGCUGUAAAAGCGAUAUACUCUACGAGCGUGUGCUUACGCACGUUUGUCAGUGUGAUCUAGGAUUUUUUUUCUAUCUGUGCGCGCAUGUGCGUGUGUUCUCCACACGUGUCUGAGUGUGUCUCUAAAGUGCCUCACAGUUUUAUCAUGUCCUCAGAGUGUUAAGCGCAGAAAAGUAGACACAAGCAAAAAAGAAAAGAGACAAAGGGAAGUAUGACUGAAUGAAGGUAGACAAGAAACAACACAGCCAGGAAGUCCUUUCUAUGGUUCUCCUGCAGACAACAUAGUGUGUUUAAUGUUUUCAUUUCCUACGCCUACUUUGUGUUGUUGUUGUUUGUCUGGCCGCCAUGACACCAGGUAGGGGACAGCAGACCAGCUUUUGAAAGGGGUCAGUUUGGAUUACAGUCUGACCACACCCACUUGAGGUCAAAGGUCAACUCCUCCUCUUUGGUUCACUGAUGAUGAAGCGCUGUAUUGAGUAAAACAGGGAUGAAAAAAAGCCCUGUUUGAAAUCUCAUUUCUCCUCCUCUUCCAAAGCUAAGGAACCAUGGAGCACAGCCCUGCCAGCCUGGAGGUGGGAUUGAGGUGACACACCACCUCCAGCCAAUGGGGGGGAAGGAUUUGAGGGAUGGUCCAACAGCCCCAAUAAGGCUGCAAUAGGGAUGGGGGGCCCAGGCAGAGGAAGACACUCUCUGGCCAACAGGAAGCUAGCCAGCUCUUUUUAUUUUUAUUCCACCGCUGGUCAGGAAAACUCAGCGAGAGACAAACUUGAAUCGUCUGUCAACGUGAUCUGGCUCCGCCUCCUCCACCGGGUUUCCUCGUUUGGCCACACCCACUCGCUGCCCCGAACAGGAGCACUGGGUGGCUAAGCAGAGACAGCGAGCCCCCCCUUUCUGCCUCAUACCUCGCCGUUCCUCACUCCUUCCUCCCUCCUCUUUGGUUACUACACCAUCCCUCUCCCUCCAUCGCUGAGUCUUUUUGCUUUGUCAGCCCUCGGGGAGGCGUGCGUUUGUCGAACGGGGCAACAAAGAUGGCGGGGUGCGCGGGAGAACGGGAGUGAGCGAUUGAAAUGAAAAACAGACUCUGACGUCAAUCAAAGACACUUCCUUCUCCAGGACCCUCCUCUUCCUCUCAGCGUGGAAUCCUACUGGAUUUGCUGCCACACACGAUUUCUACAGACCACGCCCACUAUGUAUUUAACAGUUCAAUAUUGUGCAAAACUGGCUAGCCAUGACUAUUUUUGUUUUAUAUUCAUGAUGUUAUUGGUUUAAUUUAUCCUUGAUUUGUUUGCACAAUCGGGGUGCUGGUCUUAUAAAUGUAUUUUUGCUCUGUUUAUUUUAGGAGAAUUUUAAGAGGUUUUAAGUAACGAAGCAGGGCGUAGUGUUUGUGUGCGAGUGCAUAACUAUAUUUGUGCGUGCGGAUGUGUGUCUGCGUUUUAGUACAGGAUGUAUGAAUGCGUGAGAUAGAGUGUGUAUCUUUAAAAAAAAAUUGGGGAGGGGGGGGUCUUUCUCUCUAUCAGUAUGCACCUUUUACAGAUUGUAUCUAUUUAUUUAUUUAUUUUUUUCCCAGAAGAGAAAAAAUGUGUGCGUGCGUGUGUGUGUGUGUUUGAGUGAUUUACUUGUGUAUUCUAAAAGCUGAUUUUAAGCCUAGACAGUAAAUUAAGGUAGCAUUACAAGUAUGGUCUUGUUUGUUUGUAUGUACGUGAGGGUGUGUGUGGGUAUGUGCGUGUAUGUGUGAUAAUGGGCCUCUUUAACACAGGGUUACCAUGGACAGGCAUGCUUCCAAAGCUUUGUGAUUUCAUUAGCAAGAUUUUUACUUUUUAGCCAAGCUGCAGACUCAGAAGCUGCUCUGUCUUCAACAACUAGUUUUUGCAUAACUUUUCUUUAUUUCCCCACUCAGAGGUACUUAACUGUAAGGUCUCCAGCAAGGUCAGAGUGAAUUAUAGAUCUUUCAGGCAUUGCAGUUUUUCCAGACGGUAAGAAGCCUUUUGGCAAGUUGCUGUUUUUCUUAAUCAUGGCGGUUGUUGCUCUGAAUUUUAGAAGUCCCCUUAUUCAUAGCGGCACAGUGACAACUCGUAAAGGAACUCAGAGUGGGGGUGGUACCCCGCGUAUCACACAUUACACGACCAUUUGAGUUUAAACUCCAAAUUAACUUUUAGGGCUGGUGUACAGAUGCUGCAAGACUUCUGAAUCACACAUCUUUAUAUGAGGCUCGUAUCAUAAAAUGUAUUUUUUUAUCAGGGAUGGUUUCAGAGAUAAAACCGACUUCCUGUUUGUGAUAUUUAUGAUUUACUGGUAAAGACAGUUUUGCUGAAAAAAUUAGCAUACAAGCAGGAAAUUUUACUGAUAAUUAUAAGACGAUGAUAAUUGUUUGGUUAAUGUGAUAAAUUAUUAGAUAGAAAUCACAAAGCUUACAUUUUGGAUGGAAAUUGUAUCCUAAGCUACUUUUUUUCUUUAUAAGUAGCCUGAAAUUUUGUGAUGGAUCGUUCUCUUUUUUAACUCAACCCUUGGGUAUAGUUUGAAUACACUGAAAGUACGACCACUGCAAGGUAUUUCAUUCAAGCCUCAGCAUUUUACACAGGGCACAGGUCUCACUUCGGUACUGUACCGUCUCCAAAAGCAUUCCUGACAUCAAAAUCACCUCAUUGGUACCAACUGCCACAUGUAUUAUUAUUAUCAUUAUUAUUAUUUCUACAAUUUAAUAGUAUUUAAAAGUGAAAUCGAUAAAUAUGCAGAAUGUGUGCAGGUAAGAAAUAAAAGGGGAACAGAUUCAUGAAAUUCAGUCUUAAAAAUUUCAGAAUCAGAGAAACUUUAUUAAUCCAAGAGGGAAAUUGAGUCCCAGAAGGACGAAGAUGAAGCUUAUUAUCAGUUUUAUUUUCCAAAAACUAAGCAUCUUCCACCUACACUGUAAGACCCUUAAAUACAGGUUGUCAAUGGCCUAGCAGAUGGAUUCUCAAAUAGGGAGAAAUCUAAUUGGUGUUAACAGCACUUUCAAAAUGCAAAGUACACCAGGAGAAUACCAAAAGUCACCAAACAGUGCAUCUUCAUGUUUUAGUUAUGACAUUAAUGAGUCAUUUUAAACCUAAAUCACAAGUUUCUCUAGUUAAUUCCAAGAAAAAUUCGAAUACACUGCAAAAGCUUUUGCCAUUUCAAGUCAUCAGCGAUGUUGAACGACCACCUAGACACACUCGUAUGUCUUAACUUAUGGCCAUUCGUUUCUCUUUAAUUUACCAUUAAGGACUUACUGUCGAGCUCUAAUUCCUUCAUGUUAAGCAGAGCAGCUUUGUGGCAGGGAAGGGAGGUAUGCAUGGACACACUGCCAUACACUGCGUCCUGUGCCAGUACCAGACUUCUGACAUUAUUAUGCAAACUAAAUGUGAAUGUUGAGUAUGUUCUAGUGGCAGUGAUGAUGUUGUUUUGUGGUUAUGACACUGCAAACUCUGAAAAAGUCUGUUUUGUCAAAAGGAAUUAACCCUCCUAACUUAUGCCCCCCAAAAAAUCAUUUGCCUUCAUAAAAAUACUGUCAACAUUUCUUUGAAUUAUUGUAAAAGCACCUCUUAAAAAAUAAUAAUUUGCUGGCAUAAGCUGACAGGACCGUUUGGUGGCUAGUUUUGCUAUAAGCUGCAGAUCUGGGUAAAGUCAAGAAUGUUAAUACCUGAAAAGUAGCACCAAUCUUUGUUCAGUUCAUCAAGCUGAAGUUUAGUUAGCCCUGAGUUUAAAAGUCAAUGGUUCUAGCUGUUCUGCUGCAGUGGAGCCAUCAGCUUUUUACUAUGACUAUUUUAUCAGCUAGUAUAUCAACAGCCAUGAAUGUGGAAACCAGUAAUGAGUGACAGUAUUGGAUAGGAACAUUUCCACAAGAUUGCAUAACAUAUUAUAAACAGUCCAGGACCAUCUCCAGCUGAUAAAUAAUGAAUUAAUGUACUUAGACUACAUUCACUUUACUUUUGUGUUCCUUAUAAAUUUUAGCCUAUACAUAAAUACACAAAGCAACCCUGCAAAUCAGAAGUACCACCCAGGCUUGGUGAGUGUGAUUUCAGAAUUAAGAGAGCUGUGGUGCCCCCGUGUGGAGUGGAGCAGCAUUGCCAUUUUUAUGUCCCACAUAGAAUAGCACGAGAUGUUGUGUUGCAGCGUAACGGUAUGAGUGGGUGUAAUCCUGCAACCCACAAGAUAUGCAAAAACAAUGCAAUAACUAUGACUGUAUACAAGGAUCCUGAAGUAAAUAUGUUUGUGAAAGUGAAGAAAAAAAACAACACAGUAUCAUGAAGCUGUAUUAUUUUCUGUUUGUUAUGUUUUUAAGUCACCUUGGUGGUUUCCAUGCCAGAAAACCUAACAUACUUGAAAUCAGGUACAUUGCAGUGAGGUAUAGUGCAGAUGUAUUUAUUUUUCAUUCUCGUCGCAGGGUGUAGGUCGAGCAUGUUCUUUUUUGUUGUUGUUUUUUUUGACGCAGUGACCUGAAGGUCAGUGUUUUCUUCGUGAAUUAACAAGCAGUCAGUGGAGACGCAACAAAAGCGACUGACCAUAUUUCCCCAGGUUCCCACUUUCUGACUGUAUCUUUUUAUGUUGCUUAUUUCCCCUUUUUGUUUUUUUUAAGAAUUAAGCUUGUUGGGUGUAAACAUUGCAUGAGGUUCACGUGUUGACAUUUGAGCGUUCCAGGUUUUGCAGUUGUUUUGUUUGAUUCAGGUUAAAUAUGACUAUUUAGUGUACAUAAAAUGAUUAAAAGCAGUAUUUCUUCUUCAGAACUGACUGGACAGCAGUUGAAGAGUCCACGGAAGGGGAUUUUGCAUAUCUUGUGUCUUAUGUGCUUUUAGUUUAUUUUCCUGAUGCAUAACCCUGAGGAGGACAGUGAGAUGAAAUUUAAGAACAGAUAAAUGAUCAAGUUUAAUAUUUUUCCUCUUGCAUUCAGUAAAUAAGGCUUUGUGUUGCCAUAUUACUUUUAAAUUGAUUACUGGGACAGACUUUGAUUUAAAUCCAGGUUGAGGACAGAUAGGCAGGAGUUACACAGCAUAUAUUCAAAUGUUUCUACUCUAUAGGAUGAUAUUCUAACAUUUUUACUAUUCAGUGCCAGUCACAAAUAAUUUACUAGGCUUUUAUCAUGCUGCAGGUCAUAUAAACACUCAUCAUUAUGAGUAAAAUUGCAUUCUAUAUUGGUCAAAUGUUUGUGUUUCAGCUCAAAUGGAAAAUAAUCUUAUACAAAACCUGCAAACAAAUCUACUACAAAGACUGGUGUGUAGCUGUGCUGUAAACAGUCAGUGUGUAAUAUGAUAUUGGUACCAACCUGCAGUGAGGGCCCCUUUGAACAGAGCUGACUGAUUAUCAGGAAAAGCUCAGGUAUAAUCAUUUGCUUUGAUAGGGACCUAAUAUGCUUUUUCAUAUUUCUGUCAGCUAUAUACUGUUACGAUAUCCUCAUAUUUAAAGCUUCAAAUAGCGUAUGUACGAGUAUUCCGUGUGAGCCAAAAGCUCAAACUUCUGACUGAUCUAAAUAUUUUUUUUCAGAUGUUGGCUCUACAUAAAUAUACAUAUGCAUAAAUUAUCCCAAAAUGGUCAUUUCGGGCACAUAUCUUUGACUAUGAGCACAAAAGCUCUGCCCGCCUGUGCUUCGAACCUUAGAAAUUUGCCUUAAAGGAAGUUGAAACAUCUAAAGUUGCUUGUUUCAACUCAUUUCACUUGUAUUUAUAUAGUGCUUAAUCACAGCAGCAGCCACAUCAAAGAGUUGUAUCUUCUAAAAUGAAAGGUAAAUGACCCCUGAGCAAGCACUUGGCGAUAGUAGGAAGGAAAAACUCCCUUUUAACACAAAGAAACCUCAGAUAAUAAAUGAACAGAGAGGCUGCACUAAAGCGCAGUGUAAAGUAAAUAAGAUUAUUUUAAAACGUAAAUCAUGCUAAACUACUCUGGUAACAUCUGAGAAUAAGAAAAACAAUAUUAAGCAAGCAUAAUGGAUCCCCUUUAGUCACGGCUCAUUUCAGUUUGUGGUAAACGUGCACCAAACGUGCGUCUGUGAAGCUCUUAUCAUUUAUUAGCCACAUCUUCCACCUUGAAUCCACUACGUGUGAGGGGGUCUUUUUGUAUACUUGUGCUCUCUUUUCCCACAUAGACAGAUGACAGCGGGUUUAACAGGCUGAUAAGCUGUAGCCGUCCUGGAUCUCCACCUGCAGCCAGUUAAACUGUAAACAAAGCCCCUCUGCCACAAAAGGGUGCAGUUCAAAUGGAAGUAAUUUCCUCAAGUGAAAGCAGAGCUGGAGUGGGGAACGGCUUAGUCCCUGACAGAUGGGUGACAAUCUAUUCAGCGGUCGACAAUGGGAAGACGUGGGCGUUUGGCCUGAGAAUGUUGAACGCAGAGAUUAUUUCAUCAUGUUUGGAUUUCUGGAGGGUGAUCUGACAUGGUGGAUUAUACAAUACAUUUAAGUAAUGUUUUAUGUGCAUAGGGAUAUAAAAUAUUGGUCCUAUAUAAAUGAUGAUAUCUUUUGUCUCACCACUAGCCAAUGAUUGUAUAUUUUUAUAUACCAUAUAUAGCAAAAUAUUUAUGAACGUAUGAUAUUUAAUCGCCAGAAUGUUAGAUUAAGGAACAGGAAGGACACUUCUAUGUAGGCUUGCUGACUAGAAGUCAGUAUGAAUUCCCACUUUAAUGUAUUUUUUAAGCAAAAGGAAGCAGCAGGAAAUAAGGAAGCACCGAAGAAGAAAACUGAAUGUUUAAGCUAUGGACGUUUAUGGAUGUUUCAUAGUAAAUCGUGGGGCUUUUCAACUUAUUGCCCACAUUCUGAGCUGUUGAGGAAGAUUCGGAAAGGUUGCUUCACAAUCAGCUACACCCCAGGAAAGCAAUCCAUCGCCCCUGCUUGUGACUCCAAAAUUAAAAGGCUCAAGACCCCAACUUUAAGCAGCAGACAGAUCCAAAUCCUGACAUGCUUUUGCUCGUGUUUGUUUUUGUGUUUUGGCCAGAGGUCUGAAACGUCCUACCAGCAACCUGUACGUGCAGGUCAGAGUCUGGUUAUUACUCCUACUGUAGCACUGAGAGACGUGUCUCUCUUCAAGUAGUCCUACAUCAGCAAAACAUAUACACACUGUACAUUUUUAACAGACCUAACCAAAAAUGGCACCUACCAAGGACUAGAUAUCUUUAUGGGGGGGAGGGUUUGAGCCGUUUAAAUCGUGUAGCCUCUUUUCUUUUUCUUCUUUUACUUCCAAAAAAAGAUAUUGGAGGACUUGAUCUACAUGUGUGUGUAGAGUCAUUUAUUCAUCUGCGUUGUGUGCAGAGUAGGAAGUCAAGUAUUUUUGCGCCUGAUGAACUAAUUCGAUAAGAUCUUUUGUCUGCAUUUACAGUAAAAGCUCCAGACUCCAGUGCAGCAAUUUGACCGUUUAUUUCAAAGAAAGCAAAAUGAAUUCAGGUUGGUUUUGCCAUAUUUAUUCACCAACAAUGUUAUCUGCUGGAUUUAGCCUGGAAAUGCAAACAUGGUCACUGCUUCAUAAAAUCUUGACACUGGGAAGCCACAAAAGGAUGACAAGACUGAUUUUUAUCGUUACGGAGAAAAGCUGCUGUACAUUGAGAAAUUUUUAAUCUGUUCAGUAUUUUAAAAAAAUGAAAAUAAACUAACAAAAAAAUAGCAUUUUACACACUUUUUAGAAGUAUUAGAGUUGUGUGUUUAUCCUUAACUUUGCCAGUUCGGAGAGUGUGAGGCUGGAGAGCAGAAGUCUUGUAAUCUUUCCCCGUGUCGGUCACUCAGAUCUCCUCACGUGGAUCUACCAUUGUUGCAGCAGAUGCAUAUUAUAUUUUCUUGUAAAUCGAAGCGUUUGUUGAUCACUGUUUGAUGCCGACAAAGAUAUUUUAAGAUGACUAUUUUGAAUAUAAAUUGUAUUUUAUUUUCCAGGUACAAUUAGAAUAGCCAGCUGUCGUAGGAGUAGAAUUAAAAUCAUCAAGAGAAUCACCUCAGAUGUUAUUUUGACUUCGAUGCUAAUAAACGCUUUGGGAAAGAGGGCAGAAACGGAAAGCGGGAACAUACUGUUACAUGCAACUUUGUACUGCAUGUCUUCUAUUUUAGAUAUUAAAUAAUAGGAAUAUUAUAGCUAUAUUAUAUGAUAUUAAAUGACUGUUAGGGGCAGGUUGUUGCAGCUUGUGGGACGGAUGAAAGAAUCUGGUUUUAUUUAAAGAAACAUCCUUAUCAAGUUUCAGGUGCAAUGCUGUGAGUUUAUUUAUUUAAAAAAGAGAGAGAGAGAGACUGAUUUUGUGUGAAGAUUUACGUUCAUCUGUUUGUUGCUCGUGCAAAGACGCGAUCUUAUGAAGAAACAUCACAGGUCGGUAAGGAAAUGCAGUGGGGCACAGGUGCAUUUCAUUCAGUCCUUGAUGGACUAAAUGCGAUCAAGGACACGCAGCCUGUUUAAAACUACAAAUUUGGGUUACAUGAUCAUUACACGUAUUUAAUCUGUUGGGAUCAAUGAAAUCAAAACAUCUUCAAAGUAGAAGUGAUUGAUUUAGCUUUAAAUAAGUGAUCACUGCUGAAUUUCAUAGCCAGCUCUUUGCAUGUUAAGCAGCACUCGCACAUAGCAGCACCCAAACAGCUGAUUUUAAUCAUUUUUUCCCCUCAUAGCACGACGUUAAGUCAUCAGAUAUUGGUGGCGACGUUUUUCCAGGGCUGCUAAGCUCUUAGCUGAACCUGAUAGAUGAAAUUUGCUUGCCCAGUGGGUUUAGGAAUAAUGUAUAGACUAGAAUUCACUCAUUGUAUAGCGGCACCUACAACAGCACCUUUUAUGUGAAUAUUUAGUAUGACUGUUUUGUCAGGACCUCAAAGACCUUGUGUGUUAUCCCGCAUUCAUUCCAAAUCACAGAGAGCCCUGCCUGGCACUCAGUUUUGACACUAAGAUUGAGUCUUUCCGUAGCAGCAAACGCGACUUUCUUUGGGAUAUUACUUCAGAGGUGUGGCAGCAGCUUUACAAUGCAGACUUGACUGUCAGCGGUUCUGGUUUUGGAACAGCUUUCACCUCAUUAAAACCACGAAUGUCUCCGCCUGUAUCUGCUUCUCCACUCUUCAUUUUACAAACAAGAGCUAUUUAACAUUGCAUCGCAGAUGAGAAUUAUUUCUCCAAUAACCCCGUGAAUGUAGGAUACAGUUAUAUGCUCUUACUCACACCUGAGGAGUCACUUUAUAUUUGUAGAUUUUCCUUCUACGUAGCCAUUAAUGGAAGAGAGAUGUUCUGACCAGCACAGACAUAAAAGGCCUCAGUUGAGUUAGAAACAUAGAGGUCUUGUAUCUGUUUGUGCGUGUGCAGAUGCAGCUUUAAAUAGAUGAGUGGGCCCAUUUGAGAGCAUCAUGAGUGUUUUCUUCCAUUACUGAUGAUGCAGGAGCAUCUCUUUAAGCAAAGAAGGCACUUCCCUGCUUUUGGCCAGCUUGAUUUAGUGGCAAGAGAAUCGCAGCUCUACGUACAGCACAGUCUUUAUCUUCUUUCUGUUCCUCAUUUAUAUAUCAGGGCUAUGCUGCUCUGUAUGAUCUUACGUGUACGUCACUACUCAUGCAAAGUGUUAAAGGGCCAUUAACAGGACUGAGCUGUUUUUCUUCUUCUUCUCUGUCAGAGAGAUGUCUGUUGUCAAUCCUUGAGUUUAUUUUUUUGGAGAGAGGUGAUCACACAAAGACCAAUUCCUUGUAAUAUUAGUAGUGACGCUACUGUUAAAUGUAGUAUUUAAUAACAGCACUAUUUACGAUCAGAAAAAUGAACUAGAGUGUGUUAUUGUGCUUGGUAGCUUUGGAGACAGAUGGCCAUUUUUUUUCUUUUCUUUUCUUUUUUUUGUAACUGAAUUCUUUAACGUAAGCCACUCCCCCUCGACUGUGCGAGGAAUUUCAUUUGUUCUGAGGUUGCUAAGUGACAUGAUCUCACGAUUGACACAACCUUUUUAUUUUUUCUUCCUCUCGUUCUGCUUUUUUUUCUAAAAGAGAGAUCUUGAUUUUUUUUCUCCUUCAUUUCAUUUUAGAUUUUAGAAAGGGAAAGAAUACAAAUGAAAUAAAUCAGAAUAUUAAUUCAAUCACUUUUUCUACUCCUAUUUUCAAUAAAAAGUGAAAGAAAAAACCAAACAAAAAGUUGAUUUGUAAAUAAGUAAUGUACAGUUUGUAUCUGUAACUUGUCAGUCUGUCAUUGGUGACAGAGUCUGUCUUGCUUAUAACGCACGCUACAAGUAAAUAAAAAAGGAAAAAGUAUAUUUAGACUGUAUGGUCCCUUGAAAGCAAGUUUUAAAUUAAUAUCUGAUGUAUAUUCCUGUAACAUUGCAUUUUUAUCUGAGGAAUGAUGUUAUUAAAAAAUUGCAAAUAAAUUGCAUUUCCUACA